UGUGGCGACUAUGGAACAACCAUCUUCAAGGGACGCUACGCUUCGAUACGAUAACUAGCCUCACCCUUUAUAAAUGCAGCAACUUGAGACAUGCUUUCACUCCAUCGAUGGCUAGGUGUCUUGCGAAUCUAUGGUGGAUGGAAAUAAAGGAGUGUGGUCAAAUGGAAGGAGUGAUCGCAGAGGAAGAAGGGCAAGGAAGCGCAGUGGAGAAGAUUACAUUCCCGAUUCUUUAUUGGAUGAACCUGGAAUGUUUGCCCAAUAUGACUAGUUUUCUCUCGGGGAAGAAUCAUCGGCUGGAAUGCCCCAAAUUACAAACGUUGAGCAUCGCCGACUGUCCCAAGAUGAGAAGUUUAACUAGGCAACCUUUGAUGGAGAUAGACCACCGCACUCCUUCACUUUUUACUUCGCAGGUACAAUUUCCUACGCUUCGGUCGAUAUUUCUCUCUCACAUGGAAAAUUUAAGCAAAAUAUGGAUGGAUAGUCCUCGAGAUACUCUCACUUUUGAACAUUUACGGGAAGUGAAGAUUGAGAAUUGUAAGAGCCUUGAAAAUCUGUUUCCGCGUUGGGUGGCUACAAGUCUAAACCAAUUUGAGAAACUUAGAGUGGAGUUUUGCACAAUCAAGGAAAUAGUCACGAGUGGGGAUGGCACUCCACAGUCCGCUACUGCUCAAAUACUUUUCCCGCAAUUAAUCUCUCUAGUAUUCCAUGAUAUGCCACAACUCAAGAGUUUCUGCCCUGAUUUGCCUACUUUGAACUGGCCAUUCUUGAAGGAAUUGCGAGUGACACAUUGUGACAAACUAAACAUGUUUCCUUUGGUGGAAACCAUGAACAAGUGGCCUCAAAGAGAUGAUCAUCAGGACAUUUCAAACCAAGAAACACACUCUUCAUUUGAGAAGGUUUGCCUUUUACGGCACAUGAUUUACAGCUGA